CCCCGUUUCCUGGAGCCCGCGCCGUGCCGCGCUACGCCCGCCGGGAGCCGGCCAGAGCGGCCAAGAUGUCGCAGCCCAAGAAAAGAAAGCUUGAGUCGGGGGGCGGCGGCGAAGGAGGGGAGGGAACUGAAGAGGAAGAUGGCGCAGAGCGGGAGGCGGCCCUGGAGCGACCCCGGAGGACUAAGCGGGAGCGGGACCAGCUGUACUAUGAGUGCUACUCGGACGUUUCCGUCCACGAGGAGAUGAUCGCAGACCGCGUCCGCACCGAUGCCUACCGCCUGGGUAUCCUGCGGAACUGGGCAGCACUGCGAGGCAAGACGGUUCUUGACGUGGGCGCGGGCACCGGCAUUCUGAGUAUCUUCUGUGCCCAGGCCGGGGCCCGGCGCGUGUACGCGGUAGAGGCCAGCGCCAUCUGGCAACAGGCCCGGGAGGUGGUAAGGUUCAACGGGCUGGAGGACCGGGUGCACGUCCUGCCGGGACCGGUGGAGACUGUGGAGUUGCCGGAACAGGUGGAUGCCAUCGUGAGCGAAUGGAUGGGCUACGGACUCCUGCACGAGUCCAUGCUGAGCUCCGUCCUCCACGCGCGAACCAAGUGGCUGAAGGAGGGCGGUCUUCUCCUGCCGGCCUCCGCCGAGCUCUUCAUAGCCCCUAUCAGCGACCAGAUGCUGGAAUGGCGCCUGGGCUUCUGGAGCCAGGUGAAGCAGCACUAUGGUGUGGACAUGAGCUGCCUGGAGGGCUUCGCCACGCGCUGCCUCAUGGGCCAUUCGGAGAUCGUUGUGCAGGGAUUGUCCGGCGAGGACGUGCUGGCCCGGCCGCAGCGCUUUGCGCAACUAGAGCUCUCCCGCGCCGGCUUGGAGCAGGAGCUGGAGGCCGGAGUGGGCGGGCGCUUCCGCUGCAGCUGCUAUGGCUCGGCGCCCAUGCAUGGCUUUGCCAUCUGGUUCCAGGUGACCUUCCCUGGAGGGGAGUCGGAGAAACCCCUGGUGCUGUCCACCUCGCCUUUUCACCCCGCCACGCACUGGAAACAGGCGCUUCUCUACCUAAACGAGCCAGUGCAAGUGGAGCAAGACACGGAUGUUUCAGGAGAGAUCACGCUGCUGCCCUCCCGGGACAACCCCCGUCGCCUGCGCGUGCUGCUGCGCUACAAAGUGGGAGACCAGGAGGAGAAGACCAAAGACUUUGCCAUGGAGGACUGAGUGUUGCCUUUUCUCCCAGCUACCUCCCAAGGCAGCCUGACCUGCGUGGGAGUGACAUAGCGAGGUCGGAGGAGAAAGGGAGAUCCCACGUGCAAGGAGGAAAUGCCUCUCAUGUGCAAAAUGGAGAUUACAACAGUACCUACGUCAUAGACAUGUGAGGAUUGAAUGAGUUAAUACAUGUGACUACAUAAUGUCCGGUAUUCAACAGUAUGUGGUUGUACGUGAGGAGCAAUGUAUGACACUGUACACCAAAUGAUCCAAAGGGAAUUCAGGACCUUUGGAAUGAGGACACCUCCAGAAGGAUGAAGGUGUAAAAUGUAUCAACAUCCAGGCACUGUCCAAUCUGUCUAUAUGGACUGGUACUGACUGCUGGGUACCAUUGGACCACAGGCAGGAACUACCAGGCCCAAAGGAGAGGAAAACAUGGUAAAGUUCGACCUGCUUCCCUCAAAGGACUUACAUUUAUUUUGCACUGUGAAGAUUUCCAAAUAUUUUCAUUAAUUCAUUGAACCAAUGGACGUUUUAUUGAGUAUACAAUGUAACAGUCAUUGUGAUAAGCAUUUAGGAUACAAACCAAUAAAACACAGUUUCUUCCUUCAAAUGAUA